UUUAGGACUGGGAAACUUUUAUAUUUUGUCUUUGACUAUUAAAUAUUAUUUAUCUAUAAAUAAUAGGCCACGUUUAUGUAUUACAUUACAUUGUAACAUUUUCGGAAAGGAAAAUUAAUUAAGGAUACCUUAGAGUUAUAGUGUAAUAAACCUCUUCUCCAGAUCUUGAAAUCUACAUUUCAAAUCGUAGUAAACUGAUUAAGCGGCGUGUAGUAUACAGGUUAUUGCGUCCAGUUAAUACGUUCAAAUCGAGAGCGACGCUAAUUUUAGCAGUGCAGUUAGAUAUUAGAGCCAGUAGAAUAGCAUUUGAAACAAUUAUAGUUAGGGCAUCCGUUCCCACAUACAUUUAGGUCAAGUAGCUUCGUCUGGUGCUGAGAUUUAGUGUCACAAAAGUGGACUGUCUACAAGUUAAUAACAGGAAGAACUAAAUGUGUUGUUCGGAAUUUAAUUAUGCAUACAACAAAGUUUUUACUGAUAUGGAUCACAACAACCUUUUGUUUUCUUCAAGCCCUUGGAGAUAGGACUUUAGGUGCCAUUUUCGACGACGGUACAUUUUUAUUAGAAGCCGCUUUCAACAUUGCACUUAGCUCGGCAUCCGAUGAUGCAGAAAAUCCAUUUGUAGCAAGUGUCGUACGGACACCUCCUGGUGAUAUAUUAGAUGCAGAAAAUGCGAUGUGCACGCUUUUAGAGAGUAAUAUUUUCGGAAUAGUUGGUCCGACUAAAAAAGCUUCGCUACAGCAUAUUCAGUCCAUAGCAGAUUUUCUUGAAAUACCUCACAUUAUCACCGAACCGGUGGAAACACAAAAUAGGAAUUGGUCGGUUAUCAAUUUGUAUCCACAUCACCUUGCUUAUUCUCAGAUUUUUGCCGACCUCAUAGAACUGCGAGGUUGGACGGAAUUCACAAUUAUAUACGAAGGUGCUGAACUUUUGCCGUUUCUGGACAACAUUCUUUCAAUGCAAGACUUGGACACCGGUCAGAAAAUAUUGAUAAAUAUAGUACAACUACCCGAUGGAGAUGAUUUUAGGGCUCAAUUAAAAUUUAUAAAACUCUCGGGAUCCGUAAAUUAUUUAAUCAACUGUGGCAAGGAAACUUUACCGUUGGUGUUACAACAAGCUCAACAAGUGGGGAUAAUGUCAGACGACCACAGUUACAUUAUAAUGAACCCCGAUUUCCAGACAAUAGACAUAGACCCAUACAAACAUGGUGGGUCUAGUAUUACAGGAAUCCGCAUGUUCGAUCCAAGCUUAGAGGUAAUUCAAAACUUUAUCACAUCUUUGAAUGCAAAAGUGGCCGAACUCUCCGAAAACAACAUCGAAAAUGCGAUUGAAGGAAAUGCUUUGACUCUAGAUUUAGCUUUGUUAUACGAUGCAGUCACUUUAUUUGUUUCAACCUUAAAUACGAUGGGACUAGAAGAGGGUUCUAAUGUAACGUGCGAUGGAGCAGAAAGCUGGAAUUAUGGAUCAAGCAUCGUGAAUUACAUAAGAACUAUGGAAAUUGAUGGAUUAACCGGAAUCGUAAGAUUCGACGAAGAUGGAUUCCGCUCUGAUGUAGAAAUAGAUGUUUUGGAAGUCAUGAGCUAUGGUUUAGAUAAGGUUGGAACGUGGUCUAUGGAAGAUGGGUUUGUUGAAACUAAAGUCGAUGUACCAGAAGCAGAACAAGAAGGAAGUGAAUCGAUGAAAGGCAAACAUUUCAUCGUAUUAACUGCACUGAGCGCUCCUUAUGGUAUGCUGAAAGAAUCUCCAAAAAAACUUGAGGGUAAUGAUCGUUACGAAGGCUUUGGCAUUGAAGUCAUCGAAGAUUUGGCAAAAAUGAACGAAUUUAAUUACACGUUCGAUAUACAAGAGGACGGUGUGUAUGGCUCAUACAAUUCGAAGACUGGGAAAUGGAAUGGAAUGAUGGAGAAAAUAAUGGACGGUAGAGCCGAUUUCGCUAUAACGGACUUGACAAUAACAGCAGCUCGCCAAAAAGCAGUUGACUUCACCAGUCCGUUUAUGAACUUAGGUAUAACUAUUUUAUAUAAAAAGCCAACGAAGGAACCGCCAGAUCUAUUCUCCUUCAUUUCACCGUUUUCGAUGGGGGUUUGGGGAUGGCUCGCAGGAGCAUUUGUCAGUAUUUCUGUUUUAUUAUUUAUUUUGGGAAGAUUAGCUCCAGAAGAGUGGCAAAAUCCUUACCCGUGCAUAGAAGAACCAGAAACAUUGGAUAACCAGUUUACCUUAGCAAACUCAUUUUGGUUCACACUAGGAAGUGUACUUACUCAAGGCUCAGAAAUUGCACCAAUAGCUGUUUCAACCCGUAUGGCUGGCAGUAUGUGGUGGUUCUUCACUUUAAUCAUGGUAUCGUCGUACACCGCUAAUCUUGCAGCCUUCCUAACGGUUGAAUCGAAGUUUUACGCCAUUAAAAGUGUAAACGAUCUCGCGAACAACCCGUACGGAAUAACUUAUGGAGCUAAGAAAGGAGGCGCCACCUUCAGCUUCUUCAAGGAAUCGGAUAACUUACUCUAUCAAAAAAUGUACCAGUAUAUGGAAGAUCACCCCGAAUAUCAAACAGCUACAAAUGACGAAGGACUUCAAAGGGUCAAAUCCGAUAACGAGAACUACGCAUUUCUGAUGGAGUCAACAUCAAUCGAGUACAUGGUUGAAAGAAAUUGCGACGUUGCACAAGUGGGCGGUUUGUUGGAUAGCAAGGGGUACGGAAUUGCUAUGAAAAAAAACUCACCUUAUCGGCAGCCAAUGAGUGAAUCUAUACUGCAACUGCAAGAAGAAGGUAAACUGACAAGAAUGAAAGAUAAGUGGUGGAAAGAGAAACGAGGUGGAGGAGCUUGCACAGAUGAUGACGCCGGCGGUGGAGAGGCCCAGCCCUUAGUCUUAGCUAACGUUGGUGGUGUGUUCAUCGUCCUCGCGGCUGGGUCCGGUCUGGCAGUAGUCUGCGCAUUCAUGGAAAUGCUUUUCGACGUCUGGAUGAUAUCUCACAAAAUGAAGGUCCCAUUCAAAGAAGAGUUGAUAGCUGAAUUGAAAUUUAUACUAAGCUUCAGUGGAGACACGAAACCAGUUCGUCACCGGGAGUCCACUGGGAGUGAUUCAGGGGGUUCCAAGAAAAUUGACGAGAAAGAUGAUGGCGAUCCAGAAUUACCUGAUGAUGAUGAUCGAAGAGCUCCAACACCAAGGUCAGAGAGGUCGUCACAUUCUCAUCAUAUUUUACAUAGUAGGAGACAAAGUAAUGCAGUACAAAUGGCCAGGAUGCGUAAAUACAGCUUGAGAAGUGGAAUAUAAAUGUUGAAUAAACCUUAUUGUGAAACUGUCAAACAUACUUUCUUACGUUUUUGCUGAGAAAAAUUAAAUGAGUAUUUAAAAAUGUA